AUGGCGGUUUCCACAGUUUACAGUGACGAGGGCGCAUUCUUUGGUUCAGGGAAGAGGAGGUUUUUUGAUAGGAGAACAACCCUGAACACCUUCCUUCCUCAAUCAAAUGUUUCGUGGUUGGGAGUUUCUCACGUUGGCCACUCCCGCGGCGAGGCUGAGAUCUACAUGUUUCAGGAUGAAGGGUUAGAGGACCCAAGUAGUCGGGGGCCCCCUGGAGCCUUCCAAGGUUCCAGGGGGGGGUUCAUGAUCAGCGGGGAUGCGAGCCUGGUCGAGGACAGAGGCGAGCGGGGUUUGGAGGGGGUUCUGGCAGGGGUUGACCCGGCGCAAAGGGGCGGGGCGCAGUUUGAAUGGCGCACAGGGCUCAUGGCCUGCAUCAGCGAAGAUGUCAGCAGUCGCAUCAUCUUCAUUGGCAAAGGCGGGGGUUGCGCAUGA